AUGUCACACUUAGUUCACCGGUUAGCAAGACUCGGCCAAGAGGACCUUUUUGUACAACCCAUCGGCGCCACGACACCAAAGGGAACCAUCGUAAAACACACACAACUUACUUUUGAUGAUGAAAAGAAGCAUCGAUCAAACUCUACUGGAACCCACACUAACAAACAUUUCAAUUUAACGGUGUUUACUAAACAACAAUCAGAAGAUAAAUUACCAAAGCGGCUCAUGAGGUCAUUUGAUUUCGACGAUGAAGACUCAGAAGUAUACGACAUACUUUCAAACAUCAAAGAAAAGGUAGACAAAGACGAGGACACGGACUAUCAAAGAUGCAAGAACCCUCCUCUUUCGUUCAAGACCUUCAAUUUUUAA